UCUGGGAUUCUGAGUCCCCUGGGAUGUGCUGAUGGCAGCACCAGUUCAAAGCCUGACUGCAAGUACGAGGUUCUGAAAACUUCUCCCCAAAGAAACAGAACAAAGUUCCCUGAUGCCAUGGGCACUGUGGUCACACUGAUGGUGGCCCAGAUCCCUUCCUGUCACUGUCACAGGGAGCUGCAGCAGGGGACAAGGACAUCUGUGCCAUGUCAGUCCCCAACCCACCCAACACCAACCCUCCCUCUUUCCUCCUGACGGGCAUCCCCGACCUGGAAGCCUUCCACAGGUGGAUUUCCAUCCUGUUCUGCAUCAGCUACAUCAUGGCUGUGCUGGGAAACCUCCUGGUGCUCCUGGCCAGAGGCCUGCACGAGCCCAUGUUCUGUUUAUUGGCCAUCAUCGACCUCGUCCUCUCCACUGCCGUCAUUCCCAAGGUGCUGGGCCUGUUCUGGUUGGAUCUGAGGGAGAUUGGCCUCAAGGCCUGUUUCACCCAGAUGUUCUUCACCCACACAUUCGCCACAGUGGACUCAGGGCUGCUCCUGGCCACGUCCUUGGGCCGCUACGUGGCCAUCUGCCACCCGCUGCGGUCCGGCUCCAUCCUGAGCCGCCCGAGGGCCGUGGGGGCAGGACUGGUGUCCCUGGCCAGGGGAGCUGGCAUCAUGAUCCCCCUGGUGUGCCUCCUCAGCAGGGUGAUCCCUCCCUCCGUGCUGGGGCUGGAUGAUCUCUCCCUGCUCCACGGCUCCAGCCCCAGCACGAACACACUGCUGGAGGGGAGUGACUGUGCCUUCAUCACCUCCUCCCUCUGCGGGAUCCUCAGGGCUGUGCUGAGGCUGCUGCCCCACAGCGCUCAGGCCCUCAGGACCUGCUGCUCCCACGUUCUCCUCAUCCUGGCCUUGUACCGAGGCGGGCUCCUCUCCAUGUUCCUGCAGAUGUUCACACCCAGCCUGGCACCUCACGUCCAAGUGCUGGGGGCCAAUUCCUGUCUGAGGGUCCCUCCCAUGCUCAACCCUCUCGUUUAUGGCAUAAAGGUGAAGCAGAUCCAGGAAGGAAUCUGCAAACUGCUGGGGCAGGAGCCAGGAGCUCACAAGCUGCUAAAGGUGGCUCAGAUUCGGAGGCAGAAGAUUUCUCCCAUCCCAGAACAGGUGUGAAGCUGAGGGCAGUGAAUUGUUCCCCAGGAAGGUCCAGCUCUCUCUCCAGAAAGGGAACCUGGACCAGCCGCCUGACGCUGAGAGGCAACAGCCGAAUGACAGGAAACCAGCGGGUGAGGGACGGGGAUCAGGGCAACGGCUCCUUGGGCCAGGGCACUGCUCCCUCCCAAGAUACCGCUUGGAAAUCAUGGAAUUC